AUGGCGCAAGGAAAGAUCAAGGGAAUGCAGGCCAAGGCUACGAGCGCGAGGCAUGCGCAGAAAGCGGCGGCGAACACGAAGAAGGGGAAGCGCACCGUGCCUCCCAAGAAGCAGGUGCUCAUCAAGCAGGCUCAGAUGCAUAAGUCCCUCUCAGCCAAGAUCAACAAGUCGAUCGAGCAGCAGAUGGUCAACGCCGCUUCCGCUGGCAAGCUGACAAUCAUGAAGAAUAUCGUCCAGCCUGAAGCGUGCGCAUAG